UUCGUCUUUCAUCCAAAAUCGACCUAAAAUAGAAUAAAUACAGUAAAUGCGAAUGGAGUUUGUCUGAAGCCUGGACUUUGUUUGUAAAUGGCUAAUACUGUUAUCAAUAUCGCUGUCGAACUGAAAAUAAAUAUCUGUGUUGCAUUUAAUUGCUGAAAACUUUUAUCAUAUAAAAAAUGGCAUCAGUAUCAGCAGCUGCGACUGGUGGAGCCGGUGAGGACUGCGAGGGGGAGGAGCAGGAAGACCCCUCAUCAGUGUCCCUAGAUGAAGUGCUGGAUGUGACUGACUCACUUGAUAACAUGUCUGUGCAGGAUAACACAGUAAACCAAUCACAGAAUGCCGCUGAUGAUGAGCUGCAAGCGUUCCGUCAGCAAUGGCAACGUGAGCUGGAGGCCAGCUCCACCCCGCAGAGAGAACUGCGCCCCAAGCAGGUGCAGCUGGCUGAACCUGAGGAAUGCUCUGAUGAGGAUAAGGCAAAGAAGUUGUUCCUGAAGGCGGUGGAGUUGGAGCGCUGCGGCAAGCUAUACGAAGCUAUACAGCACUACAAGCGCGCGAUGCAGAUACUGCCCGACGUCGAGAUGCGCCUGUAUGACGAGCUGAGGGCAGAGGCUGAUACUCCUGAAGAAGAAGAAUCAGAGACGGAGGAAGCAGCGAGGCCUGACAACGAGCAUCCCAGCGAUGAUGAAGACGCGGUGGAAGGCGAGGACUUGCUGGCCAGGCUGCAGAGGAUCGUCGCCAGGAGGGGAGUGCUGUGCGAGCAAGAGUAUCCUGCCAAGGGUGGUCACAUCUCCUGGCUCCCCUACGAGGUGAUCCUAGUGCUGCUCCGCUGGGUGGUGAGCGCGGAGCUGGACGCGGGCUCGCUGGAGCGCGUGGCGGGCGUGUGUCGCGGCCUCUAUUGUGCUGCCAGGGAGCCUGAUAUCUGGCGGAGUUUGUGUGUCAAAACAUGGGGCAUAGAGUGCGGCACUCCCCGAGCUAGCGGCUUCCCCUCGUGGCGACACAUGUACGUGUCACGUCCCCGCGUGCAGCUCAACGGCGUCUACAUCAGCAAGACCACCUACAUCCGCCACGGCGAGAACUCCUUCCAGGACCAGUUCUAUAAGCCCUGGUACCUCAUCGACUACUAUAGGUACCUCAGGUUCUUCUCGGAAGGCUUGGUGCUGAUGUGGACGACGGCGGACGAGCCCGCGAACUGCGUGGCACAGCUGCGCUACCGCCACGCCAAGACCAGCCUCGGCAUACUGGCGGGACACUACCGACUUAUUGGGGAAAAGGUUGUGAUAGUGGUGAAGAAGACGCAGGACAAGAAGAACAUACAGAUCGCGAACACGCGGUUCCGCUCGCGGCGCAAGGAGGUCGAACAACAAGAACAGACUUACCACAUGGAGCUGGAGCUGCGCAACGUGCGCUGUGCUCGCAACGCUUCGCUGUCGUGGCGCCGCUACUCCGUGUGCACGCGCCGCGACCAGUGGACGCAGUUCGAGAUCACGCCCGCCAAGUUCCCGCCCUUCGCCUUCAGCCGCGUGCGCAGCUACACCUCCGACUCGCUCGCGCCGCUGCUCACCACGCAUGCCUACACCUAGCUAGGUAACUACCCCGCCAAGUUCCCGCCCUUCGCCUUCAGCCGCGUGCGCAGCUACACCUCCGACUCGCUCGCGCCGCUGCUCACCACGCAUGCCUACACCUAGCUAGAAUUUUAUGACAACUGACUGCUGGGAGAGGCCGCCGAGGAUUCGUCGGACCUGAGCGAGUGAUGUGAUACUCACAGCUAACGUCUGCUGCGCUUGCUGGGCUGCUGGUACGCAAUAAUCAUAGAUUAAUUGAUAGACUAAAAGUGAGAAGUAGUAAUUGCGUUAACGCUACGAAUGACUGGGAUUUGUGUGUUAUCGUGGGCUUCCUCGAGACUGGAUAUUACUGACGAAACCUUGGCUAGAAUAUUGCCGUUUGUAACAUAUUGAGAAGGGAGUAGUUGCCGAAUGUAAUGUUUCCAUCAUCUGUUUGACUGAACCUUUGGAUAACCUCGUCUUUGAGAAAUUAAUAAAAAUAUUUGAAUCUAUAGAAGAUCAGUACCAACACCCAUAGUUUGUUUAGGCUGAGAUGUGCCAAGUAUACGCUGUACGGAUUAGCUCGCGCUUGCUAAGGCGGCUUGCAUGAUAAAGUUGUCAUAGAAUAAUAAUAAUACUCUGUGCAAGAGUUCACUAGUGCAUCAAAACAUUGCCGAAUUCAAUAAUUUACUUGUUGUGUACAAAUUGAGAAGUUAUCUUUAAUAGAAUGAGAGAGUCCUGUUCCUUUUCCUUGCAGCCCCCUGAUUUAGAUGAAUUUUAUAUUUAUUUUUGUAAAUAGUUAUGAAGACAUUUUUACUGUAGGCCGAUGUUCUGGCAGACGCUUUACGAUGUUGUUGUUAUAUAAAUGUGCAAUUUAAGAACGCUUAUUAUAAGUAGUUAAACUUCGCAACUUACACCGCGACCUGUCCGUUAUAUGUUAGAAUCGGGGGCUGUAUAUAAUGGUACUUAUUUUUAUACUUUUAUAAUAAUUUAACGCUCAAAAGCACUGAUGGGUUAUAUCGAAUUGUUGGUUAUUUUAUUCUUGUUAUAGUUUCAUUACCCUAGCUAUAAAUUGUCAAUUUAAAAGACGAAAAAUUGUUAGUUUUGGAUUCCAUUUUCAAUGUAUUUACAUACUCACCUUAUUGUGUGAUAUAUUGUUAGAAAAAAAAAUCUAGAGUCGAUAGAAAAUAAAUGACUGAUUAUGACCGAAUUUGACGUAACUCAUAAAUAGGUUCUAUUGUCUUCGGCUCUGGGUUUAUUUUUGAAUGACCCUCGUCGUAUGAGCAAGAAUGUUGUGAUUUCUAUUGCCUUAGGCUAAGUAUUGUAAGUGACCAGUGUUCUUGUCUCAAAUGUUACUAUAUCCUGCUCUUGACGCUAAUAAGCAUUCUGUGAUGUUUGGAGACAUUUUAUGUAUUCA